GUUAAGAAAACACCUUUUUUCUAAUUUUUUUUUUUGCGAUUUUAGUAGUAGUGUAUUUAUUUAUUUCCAAAAGGAUUUUGCGUCAAGUCUUAACAACCCACCUAUAGCACGGAGAAUCAGGCUUAUAGAUAAGGCGGAGACUCAUCGUUAAAAUAUACAAUGAAUGGAAAAUCGUUCAGUUAGUUAGGAAACUGAGAUUCCAGUCUUCGGGCAUGUAUUCAUCAGGCCAGAUUCUUCUUAAAAGCUGGUACAUGCGCCCCACCAACACUUCACUUUGAAAAACUCAACCAGUAUACCGUCAGCUACGGGGGCCUUGUUGUUCUGAAGCCGCCAUAUUGCUGUUCUCACCUCGUUUUGGGGCCAUGGGUUUCGUCCCUAUGCAUUGGUUCGGGUUCUUCUUCAUCAAGCGCGCCUUCCCAGUCGCCAUUUAAGCGCCACUCAAGCGUUCCCUCCAUAUCUCAAGUGUACUCUGGACAUGUGUUAUCAAAUUUCCGUCUUCAUCUUUGCAGGAGCAAGCCCCGGCUUUUACCACAAUUUUGAUUGAGUCCUUAUCAUUGAUUGACUCAUCAUUAAAAAAAAAACGUCUAUAUAGAACCUAAGGAAAUACUAUUAUCUGGGCGAGAUAUACAAAUGGUUAAAAAACCGGUAUUACUGUAUCAAGCUAACAGAAGUUUGAGCUGAUAUAUGUAGGAACUGACUUUUCAAACUGUGUUUGUAUUUCCCAUACUCUUUAAAACAUACACACCUACGCACAUGUAUGUUUAUGAAGCCGGGUAUAAGUCGCAGGUGCUGACAAACCGCACUGCCUAAUUAAGUUUCUAACUACCGCCAUUUGUUUGCACACGAUGUUUAAUUAUUUUUCGGUGUCUACAGAUAAUUGCUCGCGCGGGUGAAUAUUAUGUUGUCUUAAUAUUCCGCAGCCAUAAAUACUCCAAGCCGUGCUUUACUCUAAUCAGUUGGCAUUCGCAUUUGCUUUGUGAUCGCACUAAAAAAUGCAGCGCCUCAUUGUAGUUUGUGUUGUUCUCACCUUAGUUGUGUUAGAUUGCGUAGCGGCAAUCCAGGUGACCACUUCAUUGGGUGAAAUACUUGGCACAACAUUGAAAUCCCGUUUGGGUGCCGACUUCUAUGCAUUCCGUGGCAUACGUUAUGCACAACCACCAAUUGGAGAAUUACGAUUCCAAAAUCCUAAGCCCUACCCAUCAUGGAAACCGAACAUUUUAGAUGCUACACAAGAUGGGCCGAUGUGCCCGCAAGUCACAGAUAAUAUCACCGAUGCAUCGGAGGAUUGUUUACGUUUGAAUGUUUACUCCAAGGAACUAGUGGGAGCAAAGAAGCCAGUUUUGGUGUACCUGCAUCCGGGGGGAUUUUACAGUGUGUCGGGCCAGAGCAAGAACUAUGCUGGUCCACAGCAUUUAAUGGAUCGUGAUAUAGUUUUGGUGACCUUAAACUAUCGCUUAGGUACACUGGGUUUUUUGGCCACUGGCAGUGCUGAAGCACCUGGAAAUGCGGGAUUGAAAGAUCAGGUUGAAGCUUUACGUUGGGUGCGGGAUCAUAUUAGUGAUUUCGGUGGCGAUCCAAAUUCAGUGACAUUGCUGGGCUACAGUGCGGGCAGCUUUAGUAUUGGUCUGCACAUGAUGUCGCCUAUGUCUAAAGGAUUAUUCCAUCGCGGCAUAAUGAUGAGUGAUUCACCGUUGGCGCAAUUUGGAUACGAAAACAAACAGAAGAGACUGAGCGAUCGACAGGCAGAUUUGUUAAACUGUCCCCAAGAGCCAGAAACCGAGUUGGUGAAGUGUCUGAAGAAGAAAUCAAUGUUGGACUUUGUGAACACAGAAGCUCAAAUGUUUGAUUUAAACUGGAAUCCUAUUAUAAAUUGGAUGCCCGUGAUUGAGGACGAUUUUGGACAAGAGCGUUUCUUGGUGGAGGACCCAUUCGAGACCAUCCAAAGCGAAAAUCUUUACACAGUACCACUUAUAAUCGGUAUAACGGAGUAUGAGUUUAUCGGUGGUGCAUACAACCUCCUCAAUAAUGAGACCGCAAGGAACUGGUUGAACGAGGAUUUCGAAAAAUAUGCACCAAUUACACUUAUGUAUGAACGUAACACCACGCGUUCGAAAAAUAUAACCCAUACGUUGCACUCAAAAUAUCUAGGAAAUUCUACCUUGACGCUGCCUGAAUCUUUAGACCCAUUUGGAAAACUGUAUUCUGAUGGUAUCACUAUCUUUGCGUAUAAUCGUUUCCUGGAUUUAAUGUCACGACUUACGCCCGUCUAUACGUACCUCUUCACCUACAAAGGGCGUUACAGCCAUUUCCUGUAUAAUGGUGAAGUUUACGGUGCCGUACAUCACGACGAAUUGCUCUAUUUGUUACGGGUACCUGGUAUGACGCCUCUUUUCACGCAAAGUGAUCCCGAAAACGUGGUUAUUGAAAAUUUAACGCGUAUGUGGACGGAAUUCGCUAAAAAGGGAGAUCCCAAUAAUGAGAGCGAUCAAUACUUGAAAAAUUUGACAUGGCCACUGUAUUCCAGAGAUAAGAAGCCUUACCUAGUAAUAGGAAAGGAUUUGGUUGUUUCAGAAGGUGGCAUUUACACUGAAAGAUACCAAAUCUGGGAUGAGCUAUUUCCCGUACCGAAGACGUUCAACUAAGUAAAAUCUCUUAUGCACCUAAGUAAUCAUUUGAAGUGGAGCUUUAGCAAAUUCCCGGCAGUUACGAAACAUGUGCACAAAUUUUUUGGUUGUUUCU